ACUUGAGCCAUUCGGGGAGUGAUUGAUUGGGAAAACGUUCAGUCGACAACGGACGCGUUUGCCAUAUAGAUGAGCUGCAACAAAAUUUCUCUGUGAAACUCAAGUCCAUACAAAAAAUAAUACAAAAGUGCUGAGAAAGUGUGUUCGAAUUCGAAGACAAAAAAACAAAAAAACAAUAACAAACAUGUUUGACACAUUGCGGAAGUGCACGAUUGUCUUGAUCUGCGUUAAUUGUGUAUUAGCGGUCGAUUUGAAAUAUUCGGAAAUUCAAACUGUAAACGAUGAAACACGUUACAUAGUGCAAAAUCCAAAUGCCGCCAUGUCUUUGUUCAACAAAAAUCAUUAUGUCGGCGGGCAAUAUGUAUUCACAUCGGGCAAGAGGAUUUCAGGCGAUCGCUUGAUACUCAACUUCCAGGACUCAACGCAAUUCACCAAGGGUGAAGAUGUUGAGGCACUGUUACGUUACCCAGCCAAAGGCACCGAUUCCAAUAUUAUAACUCAGGUGGAAAUCUACGCGGCUGUUUCCUCAGAAGACGCGGAUACAUUCUUCGUUGAUGGCGGUAUUAACAAAUCGUAUUGUGAGAUACUUAUUGCCUGCAAUAAGACCAAUUUUGUCGAGUUUGAGAUGUUCAUUUAUGGUUAUUAGCUGUACGUAGUGUGUGCCGUUACAUUGAUAAAUAAUACAUAAAAUAAUUUUUGUUGAGCAAAAAUUUCUAUCUCUGGAAAACUUAAAGAACAAACAAAGUUGACUUAAUAAAACUGUGAUUUUAAGUGAAAUUGAAAUAAUGACAAUUAAAGAGAAACAAAAAAAAAAAACAAUAAUAAUGAUGCUACGUUGAGCGUAGUAACAUAUGUACAUCUUUGCUAUAAAAACUGAACUUGUUGAGUUUCCGCAAUAUUUUAUAUGAAUAAUAAUUACAAUAUAAAUAAUAAUAGGUUUGGCGUAAUA